GCAUAAAUAUUACAAUAUAUCCAAUUAAACUGGAAGUUCCAUAUUGAUUCAUCUGUUCAAGUUAUACAAAAAAUAAGGAAAUCCCUGAACAGGGAAAUUUUAAUUAAAGCCUUAAAACAUUUCCUGGCAUAAUUGACAAAGAAUCCAGAUAACUGUCUCUUGAAAUUCAUGAAACGGUGCAGUUAUAUAUGCACAUAUUCAACUCUUCAUUGAGAUUUUCAUAUUGAUCAGACAUGGACAGAUGGAAAAGGCUAAUGAUGAGAAGUUCGAGAUAUUGAAGCCAUUAGUAUAAGGCAAUCAAGUAUACUGAGAGAAAAUAUUCCUGUAAAGCUUUGACCUUCAGUAACCAGUAUAGCCAUGGCUAAUGUUUGUAUCCAUAUGUGUGAAUCUAUGUACCAGAUCCCCAGCCGUGUGUUAUGUUUCCUUAUCAUCAUACUACAGGGAGGAGUUUUGGACUAUUACCUUAUCUCACAUAAGACUGUGUAUUGGUAUGGAUGGGUUGCUGCAGAUGUUGCCAUAUUAUUUGUGUUCAUAGUAGCGUUCAUUAUAUCUUAUCGUCAUUUGUUAAUAGUAAGACAGUCAUCUAAUUCCCAAGCUCCGGUACAAGCAGGAAAUCUUCCCCUAGGUUAUUUUGCCUGGUUUGUGUACUCUGUUGCUUUAGUAGCUAGGGUUGCUAUCAUUUUCAGUGACUUUGCACAAUUUUUAGUUGAAACAGACUUUUUUGGACCAAACACCUUGAAAAUCACUAUUUCAUUGGCAUGUGCUGUAUUUUUGCUGUUACUGAUGAUGCACCAUGAUGCACAACCAGGAACCAUGAGAAUGCAUCGGAUCCAAGAAUUCAGCGGCACCGUUGUUUUUGACAUUUUAGAUUCUGUAGAUAUGUUAGACGUCUUAUUUGAUCCAAAAGAUAGAUUUGAUUUACCAUCAGGAAUGUGUAUGGCCAUAAUCUCAAUUUCCUGUAUAAAUUUCAUACUACCAAUAUUUCCACUGAUGACCUUGAGCAACUCUCAUUUUGGAUACAAGAACACAUCUGAAUCUCUCUUGAUUUUGCACAAGCUACUUUUAAUUUUCGUUGUUAAUUUACCAUUUCUUAUCAUGAGGUUGUUGAUAUGGCAUGUUGUUCAGAAAGAUGUAUCUAUAUUUAUCGUAAAAAACUUACUAGUUAUUAUUGUCAAUUUUUAUCAGUUGUAUGAAAAUGAGGUCAGAAAAUACAAUCGCUCCCAGUCAGGUGAUGAAACAGACGCUGGAGAAGAAAUAAAGAUGGCAGAAAUAUUAGAGGAUUAGUAAAGAUUAAUUUACAUAAAUCAAUUCAUGUUUGAUGAAUUCAAGUUACUUGGUGUUUUUAAGUAACCAAGAUAUCUGUGUUUUGUUCAGUGGUGUACAAGUAACUAAGAUAUCUGUAUGUUUUUUUUUCAUCUAAAAUGUUCAGCAUUUAACCAAAUUUGUUUUUUAUCUAGUCCCUGUAUUCAUCAUUAGUGUUUUUGUGUUGGUCAAUGAUUUUCUUUUUUGGGGAAUGACAACAUUUUUUUAAUAAAACUUAAUUUUCCAAUUAUCAGGAUCUGGCCAAAAACUGUAACGUAUGAUUCAAUACUAUUAAACCAUUUUCAGUUCUGUUCUAUAAUUAUAUUUUAUUUUAAAGUUGUACCCAUAACCUCUCAUUCUUUUUUGGUGUUUGUUUCCAUGUCAUGUCCUUUCCUUAAUCUCCUUGGUUAUCUCUGUGCAGUAGCUUGCCCCCAGUGUGAGAAGUUGUACAAUGAAUGUUGAAUGCCCAGCCAUAAAAAACAACAAGUACUUUUGCAGUAUUUAAAAGUAAGAUCAAAGACUCUGUUGGCUCAACAACAGUCAACAUUAUUCCCCUAUUCCAGAUACCCAUAAAAUUCAUAAAACAAUCAUUUCUUGCCAACCCAGAGAUUAAAAAUACCAGUGUGUUAUCAAAUUGAUUGUCAAAGGAGAUACUUUAGUGACAUUUUAGAAAAUAUUUGAUCAUGCUUUAUUUGCAUGUAUUCACAUUUGACUGGUAUUUGCGGUAAAACCUUUAAAUUAAUAUUUGAGUAUUUUAUGUACUGAAACAAUCAACCAUUCCAUUACUCAAUUCCAUCACUGCCAUGACUGUAUUUGUUUUAUUUUUGUUGGUUGCUUUUUACUUUCUUCAUGUGUUUGAAGAAAAUAAAUCUCCUGUAUUACAGGCAAAAAUAUAUAUAUUUUUAUUGAUAUUUGAUUGAUUAUUUUUUAACAUGUUUAACCUGGUAAAAUCGAAGGAAUAUAUUGGAGGGAAAUAGUGUUCAUACAUCAUGUACAUGUCAACUACAUGUCACUAAUGUCAUUAUAGCAUUUGAUGAAACCAGAGCAAAAAAAUUACUUCUCUUGUUUUAAAUGUUUUUAUGCCCCACCUACGAUAGUAGAGGGACAUUAUGAUUUUCGGUCUGUUCGUCCGUCCGUCCGUUUGUCUGUCUGUCCUGCUUCAGGUUAAAGUUUUUGGUCAAGGAAGUUUUUGAUGAAGUUGAAGUCCAAUCAACUUGAAACUUAGUACACAUGUUCCCUAUGAUAUGAUCUUUCUAAUUUCAAUGCCAAGUUUCGACCCCAAUUUCACGGUCCACUGAACAUAGAAAAUGAUAGUGCGAGUGGGGCAUCUGUGUACUAUGGACACAUUCUUGUUUGAUAGAAAUCAAGAAAUAUGUUAUUGCUGUUUAAGUGCUUUAUUUUGGGUUUACCACAUGAAUAUGGUCUGCUUAUUGAAAUUGUUUUGUUUUAAAAAAUGAAAGCCAAAAUAACCUUAAAUGCAGAUCAUUGAAUUUCUGUAAAUAUUAGUCAUAUUUUAAUGAAAUGCAGGGCAUUGAUACAAACGGAUAUUUUUUCAAGAUAAAAUUUCAUUCUUUUAAAAGAUAAGAAGGCAGUGGUAAAUCAUGCAGUAGUCACUGACUUCAAGUAUAAGGUCCAAUUCUUUUUACAAUUCUGAAUUAUCAUCAUGGAGUGAUCUUAUGGCUGUCAAAAGAAUAUCAUAGAAUUUGUAUUGACAUGUUCAUUGUUAUGUUAUGUAAAGUAUAAUUGGCUUAUCAUUAGGCUUAAUGAUACAGAAAUAAACAGUGUCAAUAUUUUAAAUCAAACAGAUGUAGGGAAGCAAGUAUAUUGUUCUACUAAUGACACCCUUCAGUUUUAGCUCACCUUGAUGACAUUUUUUAACCUGAUAUCGUUAAAUUUCACAAAUAGUUGCGUGACCUUUGAACCUUGUUUUUCUGUGAAGUUCAUGUUUUGUGGACUUUUUGCCUUGGUGUUGUGUAUUUUUCUUCAACUUAUGGUUCUUGAUUGCUCCAUGAUAUAUACACUAUUAGAAAUUCAGCAAGUAUCUUCGUCAAGCAUUUUACAAGGAAACUGAAUCACAGAAUAGAUUGAACUCACUGUUGUGAAGUAAUAAAUAUUGAUUAGUCAGCAUUGUCAAAUAAUAUUUUCGAUUAUUACUAUAAUCAUUCUUUAUUGGGUGUCUUCCAAAAAAAUUAUACCUAUUUAUUUUGGGUUACCACCAACAGAAUUUUAUUUAUUUUUCAGUAACCCUACAAUACAAACUAGAAAACUGGUAUGUGAGUGAAGGACCCUCUGCUUGCACAAGAUAUAAAAUUUCUUUGCAAGUUUACAAAUUUUGAAUAGGUACCGGUAAACAAUUUUUGUCAAAUUCAAAAGAGAUUUUCCUUUUUUCUAUAUAAACACUGCAUAAAAAAAUAUUUUGAUUGGUUGAAGCAUUCCUGACUUACCAUAUUACAAACACACAUGGACUGAUGGACAGACAGACAGAGGGAUUACUGUAGGACAGAGUCCCAGUAACAUAAAUUAACUCAGACCCUUGGGAAUAUAUAUGUAAAUGUGUAAACAGCUUUCAUAUUUGAAAUCAAUUCACAGAAUUUAAUUAUUUUGCAAGUACUACACCUUGAGGAUGAUAUUUUGUCCUUUAUAAGAUUAUUCAUUAUUGUGUGUAUCUGAAAUCCAUAAAUGAUUUUUAUCAUGACUGCUUGACAAUAAAACAGCCUUAUUUAAAUUUUUAUAUGUAGAAGGUGUUACCUAUUUGACAAUCAAUAUUAAAAAUACAUUUUGUGAUGAAAAAAAUUUCAAUUCUUCAUUUUUUGGUUGUAAGACAUAUCUUUAUUUUUUAAUUGCAGGAAAAUCAACAAUAUUGUGGGGAUUUAUUAGUCCCCUACUGACGAAGUCGAAGGGGACUUUAGGUUUGCACUCUGUCCAUCUGUCAGUCCAGCAAUCAGUUUUCCACACUUUUUUUCUUCGUUCUUGAAGAUAUUGAUUUGAAAUUUGAUAUAUACUUUUAUCAUAACAAGUUACAGAUCAAGUUCGAAUUAUGUUCCAGUCUGAUGAUUUUGUGCAGAGUUAUGGUCCUUGGACUUAGAAAAUUCACUCAAAUUCCACACUUUUUUUCGUCAUGCUUGAAGAUAUUGACUUGAUAUUUGUUAUAUAGUUUACACAAUGCAAAGUUAUAGAUCAAGUUAGCAUUUUGUUCCAGUACAAUGAAUUCUUAACCGGUAGGGGACUAUGUAUUGCCAUGCAAUACUCUCAGAAUGCUUGUUUAAGAACACAUGGAUUAAACAUUCAAUUCAGCAAAUUGGAUAAGUCUUGAAAUAGAUUUAAAAGUUUUGGGUCACUCUGGUUCCACUGUAAAAAUUAAGCUUCUCUUUUUGAAAUCUUUUAUGGGUUCAAACUUACUUUGACCUGAGUUAUCUGCCAUCAUGCAUUUUAUAGUUUGGAUAACUUUGGUAUUCAGUCUUUGUAUAAUUUAUUGAAAGGUCCUGCGACUCAUUUCACAAAAGAAUACUUGUAAGUCAUGAACAUUGCAGUAUAACUUACAAUUAUUUUUUAUUGUAAGAUUUUUUUAAAAAGAGCCCCUGAUAAUUACUACUAUUUUAGAACAGACAGACAUUCUUAUUCCACAAACAAAUAAAACAUUGUAAAUGUCUUUAUAAUCAUAAGAAAGGUGAUUGCGUGUUCAUAAUCGUUAUGAUUUUUUUAAUUUGAGAUCGUUUACAAUUUGUCAUUAUUUAGACAUAUUUAUGGCAAGUGGUUUUACUAUUUAUUCGAACUU